AUGACGGUAUCAGAAGAACCAUCUCGGCGGUGUUUGCAUCAGGUACAAGCCGACCGAGCCAGCAGCCUCGCGAAGCCGGGGAUUUGGAAUCCCAGUGAUUGCUUCACCUGCCUGGUGUCCAUGCAAAUGUACAAGUUUUUUGACAAGACGCAGCUGGAGCACACCAACAGGAUGUUCGCAAAGUUUCCCGACUGUCUGAAGGUGGCGUUCAUCGACUGCGAUGACAAGGGCAUCACUGCAGAGUCAGACCUUGUCCAUCCGAAGCAGAAGCGACGCUACUAUAGUAGUCUCAUCGAUGCCGCCUGCGAAGACUUGCCUACAGGAUUGAAGAAGGCCAAGUAUCGCGUGGAGCUGCCGGGCUAUCCUAUCCUGGGCGAUGGCAAGGGUGAUAACCAGAACCAUGCAAUUCCAUUCAUGCGUGGCCUUUUUACGCAAUGCAUCGAUGCGAAUCAGGGCGCCUACUUUGAGCAGAUGAUGUUGCUGCCCUGUGCACUCGGCGAAUUCCGCUCGCGACGGAGAGGUGAUGGGCUGUCGAAGCGAAUUGUAGGAUUCCCGGAGCACAUCACGAGUGACAUCGGGUCGAUUGGCGACUUCGCUGCCUCUGCUGAAGUAGCCUUCGGUACAAUCCUGCAAAGAACCUAUGCAGUGCUUGGUGCCAGAAUGCAUUACGGCCAUCCCGACAUCAUGAACAAGCUGGCCAUGAUGCAGCAGGGCGGUGUUUCCAAAGCGACCAAGACGGUGAACCUCUCUGAAGAUAUCUUCGCAGGUAUGGACUUCACACUUCGGGGUGAAGGGAGAUCCAUCAAGCAUUCGGAGUACUUCCAUUUGGCCAAGGGCCGUGACCUUGGCUUCAACACUGUCCUGGGCUUCUUUUCCAAGCUCUCUUCCGGGACAGGUGAGCAGGUCCUGACACGCCAAGCUUUCCGAUUGGGCCAAGUGCUACAGCUGCCAGAGGCGCUGACGUUCUAUUAUGCGCAUGUGGGAUAUUACUUCACGCAGCUCUUCGUGUCGUGGAGUAUGCCCUUGCUCGUCUUUGUCUGGCUGCUAGUGCUGCUCGCAGACGAGGUGCGUGGCGGCGUUUUCGAGGCUUUCUUGAACCUGAACCAGGACACGAUGUCAUCAGCUGAAGUGAUGGCCAAGACUGUGGGCGUCUGGUUCUCCUGGCUUUUGCUGCUCUUCCUGGUUGCCACCUCUCUUCCACUCUUGGCUGAGAUGUGGAUGGAACGCAACUGCAAGGUGGCUUUCGAGCGGUUCUUGAAGCAGAUGUUCACCCUCUCGCCGCUCAUGUUCAUCUUCCAAGCGAAGAUCAUCGGCCACUACGUCAUCAACGAAAUCCGCUAUGGUGGGGCGACCUAUGUCAACACGGGCAGAGGUUUGCCGACCGACCGCCGUCCAUUUAUUGGUGAGGCUUUGCCCGGCAAGUUCCAGCUGAAGAAAGUCGGAGGACUGUACUUGGACUAUGCGGCCAUAGCGUAUUACGAUGGAGUGACCUUGUUGGCUGGAGUUGUGCUGAUCUUGGUUGCUGGCGGCGUGUCAGGUGCAGGUGAGUUCGCUGGAGACGUUUGGUGGAUCUUCAUCUGCUUGGGUCUGACAGUGGCCUCAUGGCUAUGGGCACCCUUCAUAUUCAAUCCCUACCAGUUCGUGUGGAAGCACUUCAAGGAGGACUUUCGUGGUCUGGUGGCUUUCUUCUUGGAGGGAAGUGGCCGCCACUGGGUCGAGUGGUACGAUCGCACUCAGCUGAAACCGCGCAGUGGCGGGCUGCACCGAUCGAUGGUGGACAUCACGUUUGUGGUCGCAGUCUUCUUCCUGGCUGCAUGGUACGCAAUGAUCAACAUGAAGAUCGACGCACUUAUGUUGGCCUAUUCAGGUGCUGUCUCGGGCAACAUGCUGCACAUUGCAGUUCUCCUGCCACCGAUCGGAGCUUCAUCUGUGUACUGUAUUCUGGCCGUCCUCUUUGAGACGCUAGUUGGCUGCUCUUCAAUUCUUCGCCGACGGCUGCUGAGACCAAAGCGCUCGAAAGCCAAGAGUUUCAGAUUUCGCUCGGCGAAAUCUUCUGGCACUGAGGAGGCAAAGCGUGGCGCUGCCGCUGCCCGCCGCGAUGUCGAAACCGGUACUCGCGAGUCGACUGCCGUGACAGAAGAAGAAGAGGACGAGGAGGAGGAAGCGCCACAUGCAACUGCUCAGGACCGUGAAGUGGCCCCUGCACCGGCCAGUGCGGCACCUGGACCCGUCGACACGCCUCAGGGCCAGGAGGCUCCACCUCGACAAUGCUGCGAGUUUGGCAUCCCGCUGACUUUUUCAGCUUGGACGGUCUCGUGCCUUGACCUGGCAGAAGCAGUCUAUGCGAUCUAUGUCUUCAUUGUAAUUGGGUGGAGGAACGCAUUCGUUGCCGGAUUCAUUCUGAAAUGGGGUUUGCUGAUCAUGUGCAUCUUCUUUGGUGAAGGCAUGCUGCGGGCGCGCUGCUGCAACCUCCUGGGCUGCUGUGGUUUGCCCUUGCAGCUCUGGGUUCGUGCUCAUCGAAUGUCGCGCGACAUCAUGGUGUCCUCGAUCAUCUUUUCAGUGAUGGUGCCAUUUGUCGUGCUGAACAGUAUCAAUGACUACCUUUGUCCUGGCUGCUCGGCGCACCAGCUGCUGAUCUACAGGGACCCAGGCCACCUCGCGCGGACCGAAGCUGUUGUCAUGGAUGUACUGGGUGAAGGCGACUGGCUAGACGGGGAGGUUGAGGAUGGGAGAGCCGUGUUCGACGGCGCACUUCCGAAGCCUCAGCUACCACCGGCCCAGGAGCGGUUUGGCUGA